AGAAUACCAUAUUAGGAUUAAUUGCCACACAUAGUAAUCCAUCUGUUACCUUUCCUUCUAGAGUCCUAAUUUUGAAGACUCUUUCCUUUAUUGGAGAAUCCCAACCUUUUCCAAUUCCAGCAACAAAAUAGUGAUAAUUUGGUGAAGAUUAAGAGCAUGGGGAGGGGUAAGAUUGAGAUAAAGAAGAUUGAGAAUUUGAACAGCAGGCAGGUUACCUUCUCCAAGAGGCGUAAUGGGUUGCUGAAGAAAGCCAGAGAGUUGUCUGUUUUGUGUGAUGCAGAGGUUGCUGUCAUCAUAUUCUCUAGCACCGGCAAGCUUUAUAAGUUUUCAAAUACAAGCAUGGAGCAUACUCUUUCAAGGUACGGCAGAGGCCAGGGAUCGCAUGGUGCAGAGCAACCUACUGAUGAGCCCUCAACAAAUGUUAUGGUGCCUGAUACAAACAUUCUGAACGAUCAAAUAACACAGCUUCGUUCAGAAAACUUAAGGAUGUUGGGUAAGGGGCUUGAUGGAUUGAGCUUUUCAGAACUGCAUCAACUAGAAAAUCAACUGACGGAUGGGUUAUGUGCUGUCAAAGACAAGAAGGAUAAAAUGCUUAUAGAACAGCUCACGAGGUCCAGGUUACAGGAGGAAAAGGCAUUGAUGGAGAAUGAAGCUCUGCGAAAACAACUUAAGGAGAUUGAAAAUAAAAGAAAGACACAGUUCCUUGAAUUCACUUCGUUGGAUAGGACGAAUUCAAUGAGCAGUUCAAAACCCCUUUUAGUUUGUGCUUCAGAGGAUAACGAGAUUUCAGAUACUUCCUUGCAAUUAGGGUACUCAGCAGAUUAUGGUCGCAAGAGGAAAUCAGUGAAGACAGAACCUUGCAACGACUCAGGGAGUCAAGUGGCUUCACAGUGACAUAUUUAUCCUGAAAAAAACUAACCUUUUGAAAUUAAAAAAUAUUCCCUAGUUUUUAUUUA